CUGCUGCUGGCUGGAGCCAUUCUGAAACAUCAGAGCCUACUGUGGCGCAACGUGCGAGGAAGAAGCUAAAUUCAUUCACUCACAAUAUUCGAAAUUCAUUCAAAGUGUCAUCGAAUGACAGAGGAGCCACCCAGACUGCUUGGCCCUCCUGCUUGGACUGUCAGUGAGAGCUUUUCCGUCGUGUCGAGAAAAUGUCGUAGGCGAGUUUUUCCCCCACACACCACAGAGUAGUAGUGGCUUGCUGCGAUCGUCGAAAACUUCAAGUUCUUCCAGUAGUUUUUCGGGUUUUUAUUUUUUCGAGGGAAAAUUGUUGCGCGUUGAAAACGAGUCGGAAAAUUGGUGUGAAAACUUAAAAUUGAGUGGGCGCGGAUCGAAAAAACGAAACGAAAAGUUCUGUGCUGCUGGGAAAUUCUGGUGCUACGAGUGUUACAUAAUUUCGGGGGCAGAAGCGCACGCAGAGAUUCGCGCGGAAAACAUCCAGAGGAAAGAUAUAUCACAGCAGUAGCCGUCCGAUGAUUGAGGAUUGAGGAAAAUUGGCGUGAAAUUGUGUGAUUAAAGAAAGCAAGCAAGUGGCUAGUUUCUCCAUCGUAGUAGGCGGUCCUCCUCCCUCAAAGAACUCUCGAUUGGGACGCAUGGUGUUUUUUAAACUUUGACUCACUAGCACAUUUGCACCGGCAGCACCAGCUAUCGAAUCACUAGCACCAAGCACAACAAAAUAAUCAAAUUUCAAACGUUUCAAUAAUAGUGUAAAAGAUUUCAAAACAAGAUGACAUCAGCACUCAAUGAGCACCACCGUUAGCACCUACCACCAAAAAAGCACUAACAAAAAGAGAGUACCACUAGCACCAACCAAUCCGUGUGUUAUGAGUGUUUUGUUUGAGUGUGUGUGUUUACCAUAAAAUCCCGUAAAAAGAGUUGUUUCAAAACAAAUCCAUUCCUGCCUGCCUGCCUGCGAAAAAAAAAUCACAACCAAAAAAAAAGUUACAAAAAUCACCCACACACACCGAAGUUUGUGCACGUGAGCACCAGCCACCACCUUCACAUCAAAACAGCAACAGACGAAAGAGUUUUUAGCCUAAAUCUCUGCAAACUUCCCGUCAUCUUACAAACAAAAAAACAUGGCCAACACGGCGCAUUUAUUUCGUAGACAAAGCUCGCGCGAUUUGAUCCAGCAGGCGACGGUGCGCAGCUUGGAUGAGCUAGAGCUAAGGGAACUCCGAAGUCGACUGGUGCGGGCGGAAAAUGGCAGUGGCGGACCGGGUGGGGGCCGGAGCGUGGCCUACGGGGCCACCAACCAGGCCUUCAUUUCGGACGAUGACCCACCGAUGGCACGGAUUUUGGACCUGGACAUGGGGCCGGCGUCGGCGCCACCGACGGGACCGAAGGGAGCUGGGGGAAAGUUGGCAGCGCAAAUGUCCGUGCACGAGCAGAUUGUGGCGGCCGAGCAGGCCGCGGCGGAAAGGCCCGAGGAUGAUCGGGAAGCCUGGGACAGCAAGUGGACGUUCCUGUUGGCGACCAUAGGUUACGCCGUCGGCCUCGGCAACGUGUGGCGCUUCCCGUAUCUGGCGCAGAAAAAUGGCGGCGGAGCCUUUCUGGUGCCGUACUUUGUGAUGCUGCUGCUGCAGGGCAUUCCGAUCUUCUACCUGGAGCUGGCGAUCGGCCAACGGCUGCGGAAGGGCGCGAUCGGGGUGUGGCACCAGGUGUCCCCGUAUCUCGGGGGGAUCGGCAUUUCGUCCGCCUUUGUGAGCUACAUUGUGGCGCUGUACUACAACACGAUCAUCGCGUGGUGCCUGAUCUACCUGGUGCACAGCGUCGAGUCGCCGCUGCCGUGGGCCGAGUGCCCGAAGCGGUUGUACAAGAACUUUACCUACGACAUUGAGCCGGAGUGCGUGGUGUCGUCGCCGACCAAGUACUACUGGUACAGGGAGACGUUGAAGGCGUCGCCGAGCGUGAACGAGCCGGAGGAUAUCAACUACAACGUGGCGAUCGCGCUGAUCACGGCCUGGUUCCUGGUGUACAUGUGCAUGGUCCAGGGCAUCACGGAGUCCAGCAAGAUUGUGUACAUUACGGCGAUCUUCCCGUACGUGGUGCUGAUCAUCUUCUUCUUCCGCGGGAUUACGCUGAAGGGUGCCUCGGACGGCGUAAUGCACCUCUUUACACCGCGCUGGGAGUCGAUCCUGGAGCCGGUGGUGUGGCUGGAGGCCGGCACGCAGAUCUUCUUCUCGCUGGGGCUGGCCUUCGGCGGACUGAUCGCGUUCAGCUCGUACAAUCCGGCCAACAACAACUGCUACCGGGACGCGCUGGUGGUGUCCUUCACGAACUGCAGCACCAGCAUGUUCGCCGGAGUGGUGGUCUUUUCCGUGAUCGGAUUCAAGGCCCACUCGAUCUUCGACUCGUGCGUGGAGGAACGAACCGCGCUGAUGGCGCUGAACAAGACGGCCGAAGCCGACCUCCCCGUUUGCGAUCUUCAGAAGGAACUCGAAAACAGUGCCUCCGGAACCGGUCUGGCGUUCAUCAUCUUCACCGAGGCGAUCAACCAGUUUCCGGCGGCCCAGCUGUGGGCCGUCCUGUUCUUCCUGAUGCUGUUCACGCUCGGCAUCGAUUCGCAGUUUGGGACGCUCGAGGGCGUGACCACCUCGCUCGUGGACAUGAAGCUCUUUCCGAACGUGCCCAAGGAGGUCAUCACGGGGGGUCUCUGCCUGUCGUGCAGCAUUCUGUCGAUGUGCUUUGCGAACGGCGCUGGAAGUUACAUCUUCCAGCUGAUGGACAGCUUCGCCGGAAGUUACACGCUGCUGAUCAUAGCGUUCUUUGAGUGCAUCGGGGUUAGCUAUAUUUACGGGAUUAAGAGGUUCGCCGACGACAUCGAGCUGAUGACCGGUUCGCGACCCCAUCUCUACUGGAUGCUGUGCUGGAAGUACAUCUCCCCCAUUGCCAUGCUGACGAUCCUGGUGGCGUCCUUUAUCGAGCUGGCCUCCGAGGGAAGCAGCUAUCCGGGCUGGAACCCGCUGACCGGCAACACGGACAACCUCGAGUGGCCUCACUGGUGCGUGGUGGUCGCGAUUCUGCUCGUUUGCGUGUCCAUCCUGUGGAUUCCCGGCGUGGCCAUCUGUCGGUUAUGUGGCAUUAACAUAAUUGAGGAUACGGAACCGGCCUGGUUCCCGUCGGCGGAACUGCGGGACUCGCACGGGAUUGUGCCGCACGAGCCGACGGAUAUUGAGAUUUCGCUGUUUUGCAUCCGGCCGGAUGGGUCGGAGGGGCUUUGCUGUCCGACUUACGGAACGAGGGAGCAGCCGCUGGACGAGGAGGAAGAGUAAGGUGGGAGGGCGAGGGGGACAGGAAAACGAAGAGUGACAGAUGACAAUAAGGAAAGGGGUUAGUUAGGGGAGGAAAGUAAACAAAACAUAUUCAAAUUAUGACGGGAAGGUAAACAAGAGCUGUUGAAGUUUAAUUUGACAGUCCACGUUUUUUGUUCAUAAAUUUACCAAACAUUCAAUUCAGCUGUCAGAACGAGCUGUCAAAGUUAUUUAUACGUUCAAAAAGAUUAACUCAUUUAGGACUAUUAUUGUCCUAUUAAUUUGAAACUACAUUAAAAAAAAAACAAAUUGAUUUUAAUUUUAGAAACGAACUGUUAAGCAAAAGCACGACACAGAAGCGCACGUAAAUAAAAGUGAAAACAAACAGCAACUAUAGUUAAGGUCACUAAUAAGCGUCGUUAAGUGAGAAUAACAAAACAAUAAACACAUUCCAAUAAAAGGGAAAAAACCUUGUAAAUGUUGGUCGUAGUUUUGAUCGGUAAUAUUAAAAGUGACAUUAAAAAAAAAACAACAACAAGACUAUAAAAAAAACUAAUAAUCUAUCGUGAGGAAAACAACAAGAAUUAUACAAUAUAUAUACUUACCUUAAAGCAAAUAGUUAUUUAUACCGGACGGGUUAAACUUGCAAAGUGCCCCUCUCAUAUCAUUAAAACCCGUUGAUGCGGAAGAGUAAAAACCACACGUAAAUCAAUGCAGCUCUCUCGACGAUUAUACAAAGGAAAACACACAAUACCAUAGAACUACAAUAGGAAUUUACCUAUAUUAUAUAGUGUAGAAAACUUUGACUGGCGCGAGUUUAGGUUUCCCGGCCCGAUCCAAGUAGGCUACACCAGUCAAAACAAAUCAUCCAAGUAUACCGUGUUCGCACCAGGAAGUCAUUUUAAACCGAAAUCAACCAUUCGCCGUAUUGUUUUGAGACCCGAGCAAAAGCUGUGACUGCGAGAAAAAAAAAAAACAAAAGUUGUUU